UUAAACCAGCCAAACAUCAUACACAUCCACAAACAUCAGAUAUAAUAAUAAAACACUGAUAGGGAACAUUUACUGCACCAUGAGUACUUUCACUUACUUGAAGUACCUUCUGCUGAUUACGCCUGCAUAUUUUGCUUUGAAUGCAAGACUUUUACUUGUAGUGGAGUAUUUAGGCAGUGUGGUAUCAGUACUUUUACUUGGGUGAAUGACCUGAACACUUCUAUUCCCGGUUGUGUCAGAAAGCUAUUUGUUUUAUAUCUGCUCAGGUUUGUCAUCUCAACUGUGAACACUUUUAAAAUUAAAUAACAAAUGUAGAAUUUUGUGCUACCAUACAGCUACUGUGGAUACAUUAAAGUUUUAUCAGCCAUUUUUUCCACUACAGCGACUGAUGUAAUGCCAUAUUUUUAUAGUAUGUUCAGAUUUAUGGCUGAAUUAACACAAAAAUUGAGUCUAUACACAUCUACACAUUUGUGUGUUUACCAUAUACAGUGACCUGGUUUUAAUGCAUUUCAGUGUCAGAUAGCUAAAUGACAAGCUGAUGAAUCAAUGUCAGUCUUAGUAAAAGGUCAACAGGACCGAGUUCAUAAUGUUUCUUCUGGAAUCAGACUGGAAUCAUCUCAGUCUGAGGACAGGAACGAAAUUAAACAAACACCUCCAUAUCUUUAUUCUACCUGUUUUACAGUAUGAUCACAGCUGUUUUGUUGGUCCUUAAUUCAUCUUUUGAUAUUUUUAUAUCUAUUUUUUAGGUUCUAAGUGCUGCUACUGUCUUGGCCAGGAAAAGAUUUUAAUCUAAGUGAGGCUCUUUCCAGGUUAAAUAAACAUUAUUAUUUUUACUUGCUUCAGGAUGAACAAUCCGGACCAGAAAAAAUCUGUCUAUCUCAGUCUUUUGUUUCUAAUAAUAAAAAAAAAAACUACAAAUGCUGCUGGCAACGUCUUUAUUAGAGUAGCAUAAAGUUGUUCAUUUGUGUUUAAACAGGUUUAAUACAACUUGAAAUGGGGUAAAACAUGUUGUGAUUUUCAGUCUUUUACAGCCCUUUGCUCUGAGUGAGAGCCUGAUGGUACGGCGCAAACAUGGCCCUCCACAUCUGUUUGAGCAGCUGAAGAAGUUUGGAAAUCCACAUGAAUGAAGACGGGAGAGCUGCGGGGAAAGUACAGGAAGAUUUCCAGUUGAAUGUUUUAUACUUCAAUGAGCUUUGUGAUGAAACUGAGCUACAAAGAACAUUUAAUCCAACCUGGAUCCAAGCGAAGACAGAGCAUGUAGAGAAGGACAGCAGCCAGAAAGACUCUCCGCAGAGAGAAUGAGCCAGAGCUGGUCAGCAGCAGCUUUCUGUAGAAAAACUUGAGCAUGGCUUCGAGUCGAUGGAUUACAGCUCCUGUAGAACACAAACACAAUCAGAAAGACUGUCCACAUUCAUUAUUUGUACUUAUAUGACUUAGAAUAAAUGCUGCACUGAAAUGUGAGACCUUCAGUUGAGACAGGAUGUGCAGCAGUCUCAGAGUCUGGAUUGAUCCUGGGAUUUGGAUGUGAUUCCAGCUCUUUUUCUUCCACAACAUCCAGUGCCGUCUGCCUCUGGUCCUCUGUGAACGCAGAGCUCCCCACCUCGCCGCCAAUCAGCUCCAGAGCCUCAUCUUUGUGUCCGAGAGGGACGAGGACGUGCAGUAGGUAGAGCUCUGCCACCGUCCCGAAGCCUGUUGCUCUGCUGUUGGACGGGCAGUGUAACCAAACUCUGGCUGCCUCCUGCAUCACUGCUGGCUCUCCCACCUUGGAGUAAAGAAGUAUGCUGCCAAAAUGAGAGAGAAAAUACAUUCAACACGCAUUCUAGAGCUAAAAAAAUGACUUGAUAAAUCGAUGAGUCACUGAAUAAUAAUAAGAAGAAGAAUAAUAAGAAUAAUAAGAAUAAUUGUUAGUUGCAGCAGGUAAUUCAUUUUCUGCUGAUCAAAGAAUGAAUAAGGCUUCAGCUCUGCUCACCACAUCUGCAUUAUUUUGGCUGGUAUUUUCUCCUGGUGCUCAUACUGCUGAAGGACCCAGGAGAGGACACCAUGCCACUGAUUCAGCUCAGCCAACGCUUGAAUCCCUAAGAUGCAGAAAGCUGCCUUAAACUCGCCACAUCUGCGAAGACAAAACCCAGAAACACACGGUGACGUUACACAUUCAGGCUUCAGGGAUCAUUUUAAGCAAGAAAAGCUGCUUUCACCUGCUGUCCUCUUGGUCCAUGUUGGCGAGGCUCUCCAGGCCUCUGUCGCAUGUGUCAAAGGCUACCUGGAAAUCUCUGUGGACCAUAAGCUGCUCUGCAGCAGAGUCCAGGAUGCUGAACAUCUGUGUUAAAGAAGAAGUGAGAGAAGGGCUGCAAACUGAGCCGAAGCUACGAGCAGGAACCAAGCUGGUUGAACAGCUGCUCAUCUUAUCUGUCAAAUUUAAGACCAAUACAACAAAAAACACAAACUAUUAACAACGCUACGAGAUAUUCCGUUGCUUUCAGGGGCUUAGUUUAUCCCCAGAUGUCAAAUAAACCUGUUAAGAGGCUCGAGUUACAUCUUGUUUACCAUCCAUGAUGCCUUCAACUUCCUGGUUUGAAAUCGUUAGCCAAUCAUACGCUACCGUCUUCAGAUUGCCUGAAGUAGCCAAUCAUGUUUCUCUUUCUUCGACAACACGUCACCACUUUUUUCCUCUAGCUUGUAAACACGUGCACGGAGUAGAGCGUGCGUUCCUGUCUGUGUAAGGAGACAAUUUAAGCAGCUAAACUAGUUUUCAAUCGCCCUUAAAAUGGCAAAAAGCCUCCGCAGCAAAUGGAAGAGGAAGAUGCGUGCAGAGAAGAGGAAGAAAAAUGCUCCCAAAGAGCUGGCCCGUCUGAAACAAGCUCUCAGUCUGGAUAAGAAAGGAGAAGCUGUCAUGACCGACAUGCAGGAGAUCGCCACUGUGGUGCCAGCAGAAAAGGUCAAGAAGCAGGCGGACGUGGAGAUGGGAGAGGUGGAGGGUGACGAUGGGAAGAUGGAGCUGGACAGCAAGCGCAGCAAGAAAACUCUGUUGGAUGAAAAUGGUCAGUACCCCGCGUGGAUGAGUCAGCGACAGGCCAAGAAACUGAAAGGCAAACGGACGACAAAGAAAACUUACCAAGGAAAGGGAAAGAAGAAGGGUAUCGCCUGGUGAGCCAGAGGAAAGACGUUUCUUUGCCUUAAAGACUUUUGACGUGGAAACACAGGAUCGUUUCAUGUAUUCUUUCAUACACGAUCCCUGUGGGAGUUCUGCUAUUGAAUCUCAUUCUGUUCAGUGGAUUACACGACUCAGGUGGUGCCACAGAGCUUGUUAUUGGAAAGUAAUUCACUGCAGGAAAAUGUUUGUUCUUAUGGAACAGCAGCUUCAUUCCCAUGUUAAGACAAGGUUAAAGACAGUAAGGCUUGUGCAAAACAUGUUUGCCUUUGGCUUGUCGUAGUACAUCACAGUAAUGCAGGUUAUUGUCAUAUUCUCUAUAAUUUAAAUCUUUUCAUACUUGGAUUUAAAAAAAUGCUUACAAUACUUUUUUGUCUUAUACCACUUGAGACUGGGCGAUAUGGUUAAAGUCAAUAUUACAGAGACACCAAUCAGGUUUGAGUCAUUUGUUGCACGUCAUUCACCAUUUUUCUCCCCUUAUUUCAUGUUAUCGCCACUGUCAGUAUCUCUACAUUAACUGUAAUAUCUGACUGGUGUUGCUGCUGCAUAUACCAUGAUGUAAGAAGAUGUAUGAAAAAUCAUGAGUGGACUGUGUUGUAUAUAAAACUCUCACUUGUAAAACAGUAACUUCAUGAAUUGAUUUUUUUCUCCAUUUUUAAUCACACUUUGCUUCAAAUCCUUAAUUUGGUGAGCAGAAUAUGAUCCUGUGAUCACAUUGUGAUAUAAUUCCAGUGAAAGGUGAUCAACAGUAAUAGCUCUAAUGUUACUGUGAGAUUACACUGAUUUGAAAUGGACAAAUUAAAUUUACAAAAAAGCUGGCGUGUAG